AUGUGGGACCUUCUGCUGGUCCUCCACGAGGCAGCCUUAGUGUUCUCCAUGGGGGUGGGGCUGUGGGUCAUCUGCAACCACUUCUUCACUACAGACAUCCCUGCAGCCAUCAGCCACCCUGUGAGACUGCGGGUUUUGCACUGCCUCUUCCAGCUGUCUGUGACCUGGGGCACCAUUUUUGAGAAACUGGGAAUCUGCUCUAUGCCCCAAUUUGUCUCAUUUAUAUACGACCUACUGCCAUCCAAGCAGGACCCAGACGUGGUGGUCAAGGACCUCCGCUUUGGGACUAUCCCAGUGAAGGUGUACCAGCCCAGGAUGUCCUCCUCCACUCUCCGGAGGGGCGUCCUGUUCUUCCACGGUGGUGGGGCCAUCAUCGGGAGCCUGAAAAGUUACCGUGAAAUAUGCUGUCGUUUGUCCAAAGAGAGUGACUCUGUGGUUGUAGCAGUUGGAUACCGCAAGGCGCCCCAGCAUAAGUUUCCAACGCUGAUGACAGACUGCCUUGUGGCCACCGUCCACUUCCUCAGGACCCUGGAUAUGUAUGGGGUGGACCCAGCCCGGGUUGUAGUCUGUGGUGACAGUGCUGGAGGGGGAAUAGCAGCAGUAAUGUGUCAAAAACUUGUACACUGGUCAGAUCUCCCGAAGAUCCGUGCUCAGAUUCUGGUCUAUGCUGUUGUCCAAAUGGUGGAUUUCCAACUCCCGUCCUACCAGCAGAAUGCAAAGACUCCACUGCUCACCACUAAUUUUGCCUUCCGCUGUUUCUGUUAUUAUGUGGACGUCCACCCCUCUUGGAAAAGUGUAAUUAUGAAACGUGCCCACUUGCCUGUCGAAGUGUGGGAGAAGUACAGAAAGUGGUUGGGCUCAGAAAACAUCCCAGAGAGAUUUAAGAAGAGAGGCUACCAGGAAGUGCCUCCUGUGGCCCAUAAUGAGGAUGCUUACCUGGAGACACAACAAGCUCUGGAUUUGAUGAACACACCCUUGAUUGCAGAAGAUGAAGUAGUGUCUCAGCUUCCAGAAGCUUGCAUCGUGAGCUGUGAGUAUGACCUUCUCCGGGAUGAUUCGCUGCUGUACAAGAAGAGACUGGAGGACCUGGGAGUCCCUGUGACUUGGCACCACAUGGAGGAUGGUUUUCAUGGAGUGCUCAACACGCUCAGCAUGCCCUACUUUCAGUUUCCCUGCUCCACGCGGGUUCUAAAUGCCAUGGUCCAUUUUCUAAAGGGGUUGUGA